UUCGACAGAUACAGAGUUGAAAGUUAUCACCGAAAUGUGCAGUCGUGAGCACAUCUUUUGUUAUUUACAUCAGUCACAUCCUGCUGUUCAACUUUGCGCACAUUUUCUAAGUUUAGAUAAGAUAAUACCCUAUCAACGUGAUCUAAGGUCAAUUUUGACGAUUCUAGUUCUAGUCUUAAAUUUAUGGAGAAGAGAAGUCAUCAUAUUUCACAUCGCAGUCAGUUUGAUAAAUAUGAAGAAGGUGAAAAACACAUCAUGUGCUUACAUUUUCAACGCAGUUGAAAUGCAAUCAAUGACAUUGGUAUAUGCGAUAGACAGAAUUGGUUGUUUUGAUGAGGAUUCUGAUAAGAAAACAGCUGUUCCAGCAUUUGUUACAUAAAAUAACUAUUUAGUUGUAAAACGUAAAACCAUGUCCGCCAGCAGGAGACGUGUCUUGGAUCUAUACAAAAGGCUGCAGUACCUCGGACGGGAGUAUCCUGGCGGACCGGAAAAGUUUCGUCAAAAGUGUUACGGUGCCUUUAAACGACAGAGCGCGGAAAGGGAUCCGGAGAAAAUUGAAAAAGCGAUUGCCCUCGGAGAGUACGUUAUCAAGGAGAUUGAAACGCUUUAUAGUCUGCGCAAGUAUCGGGCCAUGAAAAAGCGAUACUACGACAAUUAAGACAGUAACUAUUUUUUUGUACACAAAAAAAAACUGCGCAGUUUUACGGCAGCUUGUAAGAUUAAUUUGUAAAAGUUACAUUUUAUAAAAACAUGUGUAUAUACAAUUCAGAUGAUAAAUAUUCAGUCUGUUCAAUAAGAACCUAAAUUUCUGAGUUUGAUGUACACAAGAGUGAACUUUUUUUUUACAGAUGUAAAUUUGGUCUAAGCUUAGAUACAAGGCGGCAAUGCUACAAAUUUUUACCUAUAGAGACUUAUUACGAAAUGAUUCUUUGUCGAUUUGCUAAAACUUCAAUAAACGAAUACUGUGCGGGGCGGGCCCUAAUUCCGUGCACUUCGUAUCAAAAUGUGGAACAAAUUAUCAACGUGACGUUGCAAUGUUAUAGUAAUUUGCUUCGAAUCCCUUGUUUUGCAACCUACCUCAAAAAUGUUCUUUCGAAGAAACAUCGUAGCAACAUAGAAGGCAAGCAUCUAAACCAAAAAUUAAAAGAGGUAAACACAGAGUUGUUUGGAAAAAAAAUCUAUUGUACCAAGUUAGAGUAUUAAAAAAGAGUGACAAACGAAAACAGCUAAAUGUAUGUGCCUGUGGAAUGAACAAUUGAACAAAAUAAGAAACUUAUAAACUAGAACAGAAGUUACAAACGGUCUAAAUAGUAAAAUCGCGAUAACACUAUCGCACCGAACGUAAAACACGCUGUGAAAGGCGUGGAACAGUUCAACGAAAGCAGUUAAAUCAGCCGGAUAAACUAGUCCUAUUAGUCAAAGAAAACACUUCUAUGCAAACUGCUGUAACGUGUUGAAAACGAUAUAAAAUUACAUUCCUCAACGAAAUGCCAUCUGUGACGCAACUAAAAAUUUAGCAGUCACCAUUUUUUGUCAUUUUAUUAUAGUUUACGAUAGAAAAUACACACAGAACACACAAACGCAUCCAUUAGGCAACGGGCUUUGUUGAAACGCGCACAAUAGCUCACUACACAGAUCAAGGAGAAAAAAAAAAAAAUUUGUAGAUGUUACUCCGAUGCAUACUAAAAAUGUAUCGGAUUGGAAUUGUGAUUUGAUAGAAAACGCGACAAGUUUAAACAUAUAUAUUUUAUAACAAUCGACUUGGUGUUUGGCGCGCUUUCAACUAUUACCGAUAGACGAGCACGAAAAUUUGUGCAUGUAGUUUUUACUCUGGGUGUAUUAAAUAUCGCAGCAAAUGAAGCGUUGAGCAUUCCAACGCUUCAAAACAACAGCGAGAAAACUUGACGGUUUACAUACCGGUUCUAGCAGAUAAGUGUGACUACUUUCGAAAUAUGAAAGCAACAAAUAGAGUGAGUUGAAGUAAAACUAAUA